CACAAGGGGGCGGCAGUAAUGGCGAGUCCAAAAAAAGAUGCGAGUUGCGGACCAGGGACGUAAACACGCCCAGGUGGAAGUGGUCCUUCCGCCGCUGCAAAGCCGCACAUCUGCUUUCGGGGGCGAGUUGGGUGUUGUUGUUUUUUUUCCCGCGCCAAGGAUGGGAGCAGGGGUGGCACCGCGCGGGUUCUUAAAGAGCAAAUGUGCGGACUCUGAGGACAAGCAGACCUCUGCAGCAGGAUGGAGGAGCACAGGACACCAGCAGCGUGGACGACCACACUCGCCCCGUGGAUGCUCGUCUCGCUGGCCCUGGCGCAGGGCGUCCCGGGCGGGGUCGCGGCCCCCAACCCGUCCCCCCUGCUGGGCUCCAACUGGGGCAGCCCGCGCAGGUACGUCCACCUGCAGACCUCCACGGAGCUCAGCAACUUCUACUUGGAGAUCAAGCCGGACGGGAGCGUGCGAAAGACCCCCAGCAGGGGUCCCUACAGCGUCGUCACGCUGAAGGCCGAUACCAGGGAGCGUCUCGCCAUCCUGGGCGUGAAGAGCAGCCGAUAUCUCUGCAUGGACUUGGAUGGAACACCUUUCAGCUCAUCGGUGUGUCUCCGUGACGACUGUCUGUUUGACCACAAACUGCUGGAGAACAACCGGGACGUGUUCUACUCCAGUCGGACCGGCAUCUUGUUCAACCUGGAAGGUUCCCGCCAGGUGUUCUCUGCGGGCCUCAACCUGCCGCAGACCUCGCUCUUCCUGCCCAAGAAGAGCACCGUGCCUCUGGAGCGCCUCCUGCUGCACAGAGAGAAGAGGAACCGCCUGCCGGACGUCGCCGAGGCCUCGGACUCCAGGGCCGAGCCGGAGCAAGAGGCGGAGGUCGGGGAUGAAGCGAGGAACGCGUCCUGGGAGAUCCUUCCGGACCCGCACGACCCGUGGAGCGUUCACUCGGCUAACCCCGCCAGCCCCAGGAGCACCGGGACCGUGGGAUGACCUUUGACCUGUGAGUGUCUCCUUUUUGUCCUCACAAGUCCAAACUUUUAUGAGCGACUUGA